AGAAACAAAUAUGCAGCCUGCUUCACAACUACUUCAGUAUGAUACUUCAUUCGACGUUGUCUAGCUGGUUUAUGGGACAACAUAUAUAAACAGUUAUGGAGUCUCAGACGGGCAAAGGCAGCUCGUCAAAUAGAGGCAGUUCCAGAAGACUCUCAGUGACAAAGAAAAAGAGCCAGAAGGUCUGUGCAAUCAAAGAGAGAACAAGCAGUGGAGGGGGGGUUGCUUCCAUAACUUCAUUUUUCAGGAAUACACCACCGUGUAAACUGGCAUGUCCUCUGUGUGGCAAACUUGUGCCUCGUUACAAGAUUAAUGAACAUAUAGACUCUCAAUGUCAGAAGUUUCUUGGAGAGGAUCAUGAAGAUACACUGGCUGUCAGUGACCACAAGCAGGAGGAAAGAACCAAAACACCCUCUAAUGGUGCAUCUCGAAAUGAUGGGAAAGAGAAAAGCCCGUCCCCAUUGACUUCCAUAGUAGAGAAAGAAAUACUAUGGACGUAUGAAACAGCGAUGCGUGCGCUGCAGGAAGUGAUUGCUGCAAUGCAGACAGGCAGCUGGGAGGACGCCCAUGUCCUCUAUGCUACAGCAAAGGCCACCUGGCAGGAGAUGAAAGACUCCUGUGACCUAAGUCAUCAAGAACAACUGCCUGUUUUUCUGCGGUGUUUCACUGUGGGCUGGACCUACACUCGGAUACUGUCUCGAGGAGUUGAGAUUUUACAAAGACUUCGCCGCUAUGAGAACUCUGUGGAGGAGCUCAGGAAUCUUCUGUCCCAGCCAGUGUAUUGUGUAGACAGUAGGGGGCGCUGGUGGGACAGACUUGCACUCAAUCUCCAGCAACACCUAAAACAACAUGAGCAGACUGGUAUUCAUGGAGAAGGCUCUACAUUUUCCACCCUUUUUGGACUCCUCAUGUGGGACAUCAUCUUUAUCGAUGGGGUUCCUGAUGUCUUCCGAAACCCCUACCAGACUUGUCCUCUGGAUUUGCACACUGAUUGUUUCUACGGUAACCGCCGGGAAACCAUUGAGGCGCGUGCUGAGAUGUUGCGCGAGGCGUCUGCCGAGAUGCUUCAGGAGCUGCUCGCUGAUGUGUGGAAUGCACAGGAGGGGAGAGUGUGUGUGCUGAUAAACUGGGAGCGCUUCUCCUCUCUUCAGCAGGCACAGAGUCUAGUGGCAUGUUUGGGUGGCCAUUUCCUGAGUGGUGUGGUCCUCAGAAUGGCAAAGGACUAUAGGCAUUGCAGAGGAGGACUUCCAGAUCUGGUAGUCUGGAGCACGUCCAACAAGAAGUACAAGCUGGUGGAAGUGAAGGGUCCUAAUGACCGUCUGUCCCAGAAGCAACAGAUCUGGCUGGAUGAGCUGCAUAAGCUAGGGGCCGAUGUAGAAGUUUGUCAUGUCACUGCAAUUGGAGCACGAGGGGCUCAACGGGAGUGAGGCUGCUGUCACACUGAGAAUGAAGACUAAUGCAUGCAUGCAUGGCUCACCAAGCAGGCAGAGUUAGAAAUGUUUGAAAAACACAGGAUAGAUUCAACGAUGGUAUUAAAACCUCUGCUUGGCACUAAUCUGGUAAGAGAAGAGUAUUGAUACGCACUGUAAGGGAGUUUAAAAGGAUUAAUCUGAAUCAUAAAACUGUUAAAUUACCUCAUGACAUUGACUGUUUUUUAUUCUUGUGCUCAUUGUAAAGUGGCAAUAUAUUUUAAUGACUGAUUAAAUUUUUUUAACAUUUCUGGAGUAAAUAAUUUA